AGGGGAUGGAAGGGCAGUCGGGACGCUAAAAAUAAGUGGUGGUAGAGUUCUGCUGCACACAGUCAACAGAGCAAGGUGAGGAUGAGGAGGGCUCUUCAACUGCUGCUGGCCACUCUGGCCUUGGUCUCCUUGGUGUCUCUCAUCGAUGCUGGACAGCUCAAACUGAUGUCUGCCCCCAACCUGCUGCGAGUGGGAACAGCAGAGAACAUCUUUGUGGAAUGUCAGGACUGCAGCGGGGAGGACCAGGUUGUCACUAUCUCUGCUCACUACCAUCCAACAAAGGCUAAAAUAUUGGCGACUACACAAGUAAUCCUCAGCAGUGACAAAAACUUCCAAGGCUUUGGACAGAUCACUAUCCCUCCUGAAGACUUCAGCAAGGAUCCCACUGCAAAACAGUAUGUCUACUUGGAAGCUAAGUUCCCAGGCCUAGAACUGGAGAAGGUCGUCAUGGUGUCUUUCCAGUCUGGGUUUAUUUUUAUCCAGACCGACAAGACAUUGUACACCCCCAAUAGUAAAGUGUAUUACAGAAUGUUUGGGGUGACCCCUCGUAUGGAGCCAGUAGAGAGAGUUAAUGACGCCCAGACUGACACCUCCAUCUCCAUAGAGAUUGUGACCCCUGAAGGAAUCAUCCUACCAAUGGACCCCGUCUCUCUGAAGUCAGGCAUUCACUCUGGACACUACCAGCUGAAUGAGAUUGUCAGUGCCGGACUUUGGAAAAUUGUGGCAAAGUUUGACAGCAACCCACAGGAGAGCUUCUCCGCAAAUUUCGAGGUCAAAGAAUAUGUGCUCCCCAGCUUUGAGGUCAAGCUCUCUUCCCUGAGACCUUUCUUCUACGUAGACAGUGACACUUUGGAAAUUAAUAUUAAAGCCAGGUAUCUGUUUGGACAGAAAGUGAAUGGUAAUGCCUAUGUAGUGUUUGGUAUCAUCGACCAAGGUCAGAAGAAGAGCUUUCCUGACUCUCUAUCUCGAGUGGCGGUGAGAACAGAUUGUAACCCAGACGUGCCAUAUGCCCCUUUUAGUUGUCCCUUUAGACUGAUAAACACUCACGGGAAAUAUCGCGAGAUUUCAGGACGUGAUUUCAUAGCGCGAUUUCACUGACGACUUCCGCGUCCUGUCAAUACAAAUACGUGGCGGAGAGAUGUUUGAGAAACACUGGACUUGACAGCUACACCCUUGCUGCAGAACGCCUCGCACAAAUUGAGCUGUUAAGAUAAUUUUCACCCUUUGACUGGCCAGGAUUUUACACUGGGGAAAAGUUCUCAUCUCCUCAUGGCGAGCAAACCCAGCCCACCUGGACCAAGUGAACCACAGUCCCUACCAAUGUGGUAGGACAAACAAAUCUACGUAAACAUUCCAACAGUCCAUUCCAUCAAGCAUUGGAGCUUGCUUUCCAUCUACAAAAGAAAAACCAAACAAACUAUUCCUUAACACCCAAAGCGGGUUAAAUUAAAGGAAACUAAUGGACAAAUUUUGGACUGAUUUACACUGUAUAUAUUGUCUUUGUCAUGUAUUGUUCUUUCACUGUAAAUAUAAUUCAUCCAAUCAA